AGCCAUUUUUGCCUCAAAGACGUUUUCAGGUGCCUUGUGCAGGGUGGUUGGAGCAUCUCUAAAGUCCGGUGUGGAGAAAUCAGGCACAGCUUAAAGGAGCUUCCUUCUUCAAGGAAGACAAAGGGGAUUCGAGGGGGGUUUAUUUAUUUAAAAGGGAUCGAUGGUCAUUUUAAUUAUUCUGUGAUGUGAGGGGGAAAGGAGCUUUUGGAAACAAGCGUUCUGAUUAAAACUCAGCAUCUCAAAGAGGACAGAUGCGAGUGGCUACCAGAAUGACAACGACCUUGCUUUCUAACAUGUUAUUUCUGCUGGCGCUUGGGUUGGCUUCGGCUUUUAGCCACAGCCCUAGGACCCCUGACAGGGUUUCUGAAGCAGAUAUCCAGAGGCUCCUCCAUGGGGUCAUGGAGCAACUGGGCAUUGCCAGGCCACGGGUCGAAUAUCCAGCACACCAGGCUAUGAAUCUAGUUGGCCCACAGAGCAUUGAAGGUGGUGCGCACGAGGGUCUCCAGCACUUGGGUCCUUACGGCAACAUCCCAAACAUCGUGGCCGAGCUGACAGGAGAUAAUGUACCAAAGGAUUUCAGUGAAGAUCAAGGUUAUCCUGACCCUCCAAAUCCCUGCCCUAUUGGAAAAACAGUUGAUGAUGGGUGUCUAGAAAACACCCCAGACACGGCAGAGUUCAGCAGGGAAUACCAACUGCACCAACAUCUUUUUGAUCCAGAGCAUGACUAUCCCAACAUGGGCAAGUGGAGCAAGAAUUUACUCUUUGAGAAGAUUAAUGGUGGUCCAAAAAGAAGAAAGAGGAGUGUGAACCCAUAUCUGCAAGGACAACGACUGGAUAAUGUUGUAGCAAAGAAGUCUGUUCCACAUUUUUCAGAUGAAGACAAGAGUCCUGAAUAAGUACAAUAAAAAUGAAUGAUGAAAACUCAUGCCAUCCUCUGCUAGAUCAUAGUAUUGCUUAUAUAUAAUCAUCUAUUAAAAUCCUUGUGAAUGGCAGCAUGUUUAUUAUUUAUAUAAUUGUAGAUGAAAAACAGCUGUAUUUAUAACACUAUGUUCUCCUAGAUAACAAAAAUAUGGUUCUGCUUUUUGUUAAGUUAUGGUAAAAGGACAUUUCUGUUGUUUUUAUUUUAGUCAUGGAGCAAACUUUAAAAAUGUUAGUCAUUUUAAUAGCUAACGUGAGGUAAAUGGUCUUAAUGAGCAGCUUGUAAAUAGGAAGACAUAAAAAAAAUGCCCGGUCUGACUCCAACAUUUAAUCUUAAAUGUUACUAUGUUUGACACAUGAAAAUUAUAGUUUUAUGUUUUGUUCACAAAUAUUGUUACUUAGCAAAGACAAAGUAUUUAUUUUACCCAGAGAAUUUUGGCUUUUGGUCCAUUUUAAUAAACAUUUAAGCAAUCUACAAGGUUUGCAAAGUGACAUUUUCCAAAAUAUUUCAGAGGCUCAUUUGUCUCAGUUAUUGCUGUGCAAAUUUAAAAAUUAAAGAACUGCUUUUUGACUCUAUCCACUGGAAUAUUUUUCUGUUAGUUUUAAUCGUUCCAUGUCCACAACUUUUCUGAACACUUGCACAUCUUUCUUCCUUAUCAAUGGUACUGUUGUGAGGAAAUAAAUCUCCCCCGCUGUUCUUUGUCUUUGUAACAGCAGCAUUUGUGCAUUAUAAUGUUCUUAAAUUAUGUGUCCCUGGGACAUUGUAAGUGAAGAUGGAGAUGUGUCCGUGUUGAUAAGGUUGUGUCAACAUCCUCUGAAUCCAAAUCCAGGCUAUCAGGGUCAUUACAGUUGAUGAGCUUCUGAAAAACUAAGAUGCUCUAAUAACACUGGUUGCUAUCACGGCUCUUGAAGUUGCUCCGAGAAGCUUGAAUUGCCUUUUUGCCCCUAGGAGACUAAAGAACUUUAUAUUCCAGAAAACUGACUUGUCUCUUUGUGAAAGAUGAGAAUAUAAAAUUACCUAAAAAUUUGUUAUUUUCAGAGUACAUCUGAAAUAUUUCAAGCCAUGUGCAAGGGGCAUUGGAAUUAUGAAAAAAAGCAUUAGCUUACCGCUUUGAAUUUCAGCUCUACGGAGAAAAAAAAUUGUAGUUUCCUUCCCUGUCCUACAGAAAGACACAGUAGAAUAAUGAUGACUCCCUUAGUAAAAACAGCUAAGAAACUAAUGGAAACAGGGUCCUAGCUACAUAAGAUUAAAGUUAACAGGAUGGCACAAAUAUGACUGUGUGUGGCAUUUCCUUUUUCUAUCCCAGCACUUAGUAAGUUGCAAUAAAUUACAUAUGCAGAGAGUUGGUCCUCUCACGUCAUUUAUGGGUAGAUUGCAAAACUCUGUAACAUUCUAGGCUGAAAUACGACGUCUUUCACCACAUUUCCUCUAUUUAAAAAAUCUGGAAAACUAAAUAGUAUGUAAUGCAGUGGGGUUUAUACUCACAGGUGACACGAAAUUGAUGAGUUUGUGUGAAAAGCUCCUUCCACUUCCAGUGCCUGAAAUGGGAUGGGAGUAAUCCAGCCUUUCGCACAAGAGAACUUGUAUUCUCUGCUUCUUAAGCUUGCUCUUUUUUGUCUGACUCCUGCUUAGCCUUCACACAUUGAGAGUUACAAAGGUUGUCUCCAAAAUCAGAAAAAACUGUAUAUCAUGGCAUGACUCUGAAACCAGAACCCACUGAUGCCCAGUGGCCCAGAGUAUGUGAAAUGGUCAUUCCUGCCCCCCAGCCAGUGCUGCCACAAGGCUGCCACUUGGUCAGAAGCUACAUUUCCAUUCCUCGGAGACUGCUGCUUCUUCAGGUACUCAACUCUUAUAAAUUCUUUUAAAGUAAUCUGAGCUACACCUUGGCCUUAUGAGCUCCAGUAAAAUCCAUUUUAAUCACAAAAAUGAAGCAGCCAUGAGGCAAAUUUAUUUCAUUUUUUAAGCUCUUAGUAAGGACCAGCAUAUAAUAAAAGGCGGUGUGUACAGUAAACAGGGGGCUUAAAAAGAGAGGGGCAAAGAGGUAGCGUUUGCCUAAUAGUAUCAGGGAUCCCAGUGGCUGACUGUGACCCCAGCGGGGCCUGAGGAGCUGCCCUUCUGUCUAUGAUAGAUCUGCACAGAGCAGGUGAAGGAAAGAUUAUGCAAUUUAGAGAUGUUUUUGUCUUUAAAUGCGAGGAAAAAAAACCACCCACCUUUACACUGCACAAUAUAAUGAUGCAUCUUACAGGAACCGUCUGCUGGAAGAAACCAAACAUGUGGCAAUGAGCAGCCGUCUGCUGAGUCCAUCAGGCAGCUUGAGUGUUUCACCAGGAAGACUCAACUGCACUGUUGUGAAAUGGCAAUAAAAUAUAGCUAUUGCACCAUGAUAAUGAGAUUAAUUAUUCCAAUUUCAGUUUCAUAGAAGUACUGGGAUUGGUAGUCCCAUAUUAAUUAAAGAAAACAAACAAAAACCAAGCAAAGAAAGUAGACAACAGUCCAAAGGUGUAUAUGUAGUUUUUUAUACAGAAUCAUCACAGUGCUAGUCUUUUGGAAUCAAUGAACAAAGAUACCAACUAUCCCCCUCACAAAGAGCUCACUCCACCAAACCAGUAUUUACAAGAAUGUAAAUAGCUGCUCAGCUCUUACAGGUGUAAUCACCCUUUUACAUUUAUGAUGCAUGUGAAUAAAGGCGCACGUAUAUUGCUAUUGUUGUUUAGAAUUUUCAUGAAAUUAAAUCUUUUUUAGAUUAUUUUAUAAUCUGCAAGUAUGUUAAUUACCUCUAACGUAUUUGAGACACAAUGUGCUUGAAAGAAGCUAUACAAAAUAAAAUGUAUUGCCAUGCAACA